AGGCCCCGCGGCGCCGCCCGGAUGCCGCGCAUGCGCGCCGCACCGCGCCUCCGGAGCGGCGUGUGGGGCCGCCGGGUCGGGGUCGGGCGGCCACUGCUGACCAGAGCAGGCAGCGACUGUCUGUGAGCUCCAGGACCACUGGUAUCAACUUAUAGAGCUGGAAACCCUCAUCCCAGCUCCUGUGAUGCUUUGCUGGAGGCAAAGCAGGAGAGGGGGAGAAAGCAGGAUGAUGAAGAGUUACGGGGGCUGCCACAGUGACCUCAGUACCUUGUCUUGGAGACGCGUGGCUCCUCGGGCAGUUUCCAGCAUGCAGCGGAAGGCUUCUCUGCUGGCUUUCCUGGAGUGAUUCACCCGCCCCACCCUGCCCUUCCUCGCACCCCUGGUGCCAGCAGCUGAGCCUCUCUGGCUGGGGCCCAGGGUCGUGACCUCUCACCUCUGAGAACAGUGUAUCCGGAUACCUGCUGACAAGCUUCUGCCACUCGGCCUUCAGUAGUGCAAUGUCAGGGCACCACACUCCCUCUGCUGGGGGUCCCUUCUCAGCGCUCACCCCCAGCAUUUGGCCACAGGAGAUCCUGGCAAAGUAUACACAGAGAGAAGAAUCCAUCGAGCAGCAAGAGUUCCACUAUGAUGAAUUCGGUUUCCGAGUUGAUAAGGAAGAUGGUGCUGAGCCAAACUCCAGCAAGCUUCUGGGGGUCCCACUGGCAGAAGAGCCACAGCAGAGGCUCAAGUGGCAAGCUCACCUGGAGUUCACACACAACCAUGACGUGGGUGACCUCACCUGGGACAAAAUUGAGGUCACCCUACCACAUUCAGACAAGCUGCGCUCACUGGUGUUAGCUGGCAUCCCACACAGCAUGAGACCACAGCUAUGGAUGCGUCUGUCUGGGGCCUUGCAGAAGAAGAGAAAUUCAGAGAUGUCAUAUCGGGAUAUUGUGAAAAACAGCUCUAAUGAUGAAACCAUUGCUGCCAAACAGAUUGAGAAGGACUUGCUCCGCACGAUGCCCAGCAACGCCUGCUUCUCCAACAUGAACAGUAUCGGAGUGCCGCGUCUACGCAGGAUACUCCGGGGACUUGCCUGGCUCUAUCCAGAGAUAGGAUAUUGCCAAGGCACUGGCAUGGUAGCAGCCUCCCUGCUGCUCUUCUUAGAGGAAGAAGAUGCCUUCUGGAUGAUGUGUGCUAUCAUUGAGGAACUGGUUCCUGCCUCCUACUUCAGCACCACCCUGAUGGGGGUGCAGACAGAUCAGCGUGUCCUGCGACAGCUCAUUGUGCAGUACUUGCCCCGCCUGGACAAGCUGCUCCAGGAGCACGACAUCGAGCUGUCCCUGAUCACCUUGCACUGGUUCCUUACCUCUUUUGCUAGUGUUGUCCACAUCAAGCUGCUGCUGCGUAUUUGGGACCUGUUCUUUUACCAGGGCUCUCUGGUGCUGUUCCAGCUCACAUUGGGCAUGCUCAGUAUGAAGGAGGAUGAGUUAAUCCAGUCUGAGAACUCUGCCUCAAUCUUCAACACACUCUCAGACAUUCCAAGUCAGAUUGAAGAUGCCGAUGUGCUGCUGCGGGAGGCCAUGCGUGUGGCUGGCUCAUUAACAGAUGUGGCGGUGGAGACUCAGCGCCGCAAACACUUGGCCUACCUCAUUGCUGACCAAGGGCAGCUGCUCAACUCCAGCACCACUGUCAACAGUUUAUCCAAGGUUGUGCGGCGCAGGACUCAGCACAGGAAAUCUGGCAUAACCUCUCUGCUUUUUGGGGAUGACGACCUGGAGGUGCUGAAAGCCAAGAACAUCAAGCAGACGGAGCUGGUGGCUGACCUGCGUGAGGCCAUUCUCCAGGUGGCACGACACUUCCAGUGUGUGGAUCCCAAGAACUGCAGCAUUGAUCUGACUCCAGAUUACAGCAUGGAAAGCCACCAGCGGGACCAUGAGAACUAUGUGGCCUGUUCCCGCAACCGCCGGCGUCGAGCAAAGGCGCUUCUGGACUUUGAGCGCCAUGACGAUGACGAGCUGGGCUUUCGCAAGAAUGACAUCAUCACGAUUGUCUCCCAGAAGGAUGAGCACUGUUGGGUGGGCGAGCUGAAUGGACUGAGAGGUUGGUUUCCUGCAAAGUUUGUGGAGAUCUUGGAUGAGCGGAGCAAAGAGUACUCCAUCGCUGGAGAUGACUCGGUCACAGAAGGGGUGACGGACUUGGUGCGAGGGACACUCUGUCCAGCCUUGAAGUCCAUAUUUGAACAUGGAUUGAAGAAACCAUCUCUGUUGGGGGGGCCCUGCCAUCCCUGGCUGUUCAUUGAAGAGGCUGCGAGCCGGGAAGUGGAACGGGACUUUGAUUCAGUGUAUUCUCGCCUCGUGCUCUGCAAGACUUACAGGCUUGAUGAAGAUGGCAAAGUCCUCACUCCAGAGGAGCUGCUUUACCGGGCAGUUCAGGCUGUGAACAUGACGCACGAUGCGGCACACGCACAGAUGGACGUGAAGCUUCGUUCCCUCGUUUGCGUCGGACUCAAUGAGCAGGUGCUGCAUUUGUGGCUGGAGGUGCUGUGCUCGAGCCUGCAAACCGUGGAGAAGUGGUUCCAUCCCUGGUCCUUCCUGCGCAGCCCUGGCUGGGUGCAGAUCAAGUGCGAGCUGCGAGUCCUCUGCAAAUUUGCCUUCAGUCUCUCUCAGGACUGGGAGCUGCCUAUAAAGAGGGAGGAGAAAGAGAAGAAGCCACUGAAGGAAGGGGUGCAGGACAUGCUGGUGAAGCACCAUCUCUUCAGCUGGGACAUAGAUGGGUGACCCCCACCCCACCCCACCCCGGGGAACCUUCUCAAAGGCACACACUCUUCUCCUGCCCCUCCUCCAUUUCCCACCCCUCCCACUUUCCCCCACCCCUCCUGCUUGUAUCUGUGACAAAAUCCCCCUCGGGGGGGGGGGGGGCUGCCAGGCCACCUGGGACAAAUGGCAGCAGUGCUGAGAGGCCAAGCUGCAGACCCAAGGGAGAUGAUGGUUGAGGUUCAUGCUGUACAGGGAUGAAUGUGCUCUUGCCACAAAAACAAGUGCCCCUUCCCAGCCUUCUCCAUCUCUGCCGCCCAGAUCUUCUGCUUGCCUCUGCUCUGCCUCCCCCUGGUGCCAAGGGAGAGGGGCCUGGCCCACAGCCCCUCGCUGGUGCCCUGCAGGCCAGCAGCUCUGUGUGUGUACAAGUGUUUCUGAGUGCUGCUGUAGCUGUGGGGAAGAGGCAGUCCCUGUGGAGUGGCUUUAGUCUGUGAAAGCUGGCGCCAUGGGCAGGUGGCACUGCGGGUGCAAGCGGAGUUGGGCUGUACAGGAGCUGGACUAGCACAUCCCCUCUGUGCCAGCCAAGGGCUUGCCUCCAUCAGGGAAAGAGAAGGUGAAACCUGAAGCACUUGGACAAGUUCCUCUGUCCUGGGGCCGGGGCAGAGAGGGGGAAAUGUCAUCGGCCUCAUCGCACCUCCCUGGCAUGGGUGUGUGGGGUGUUGACAAGAGGUGCCUAAGAGCACCGGCCUGUUACCACUGUAACAGCCUUAGGGGAUGGACCUUGUCGGCUCUUGGAGCAGGCAAGAACCAAAUCUCCCCUAAACAAGUGUUUCAUGCUGUCAUUUUAGUCUCUAGAUUAUUUUUACCGUUAACCAAAAAGCUGUAAAUUAACUCUAGGAAUACAUGUAUAUUUUGGCACUGUUGUAGCUCAGGAUGGGGUUCAGGUUGGAGCUGGCUCAGGGAGACUAACUCAUCCUUGCCCUGCUGUGGCAGCAGGGACGCAGGUCAGGACUGGAGAAUUGCUGCUUUGUGGUGGUGGCUCUGGAUAUGGAGUCUGUGACUUUCUACUGAAAGCGCUUGUCUGUGAGCACAAACUACUCUUGAAAUGACACUAGAUUCUUACUUUCCUUUAUUCUGUGGGUUUGUAAAUAAACUGUAUCUUGGGA